UUAUUGAGGGCUAACUUCUUCCCGGCGCCGCGUCCGCUCUUGUCUUGAAACGAUCAGACGUUCAGUCUCCAUUCUGUUUUAAUAGAUGUUUGUGAUUUGAAAAUGGCUAUCCAGGACGUUUGGAACCGCUUAAGGGAGUUUGAUGCCUACCCUAAAACUCUAGAAGAUUUUAGAGUAAAAACAUUCGGAGGAGCUGCAGUAACGAUUAUAAGCAGUAUCAUCAUGAUCACACUGUUCAUCUCAGAGCUCAACUUUUACCUGACGAAGGAGGUCAUUCCAGAGCUCUAUGUAGAUGCAACGAGAGGAGAGAAACUCAAGAUCAACAUGGAGAUAGUAUUUCCUAAAAUGCCUUGUGCUUAUCUUAGUAUUGAUGCAAUGGAUAUAUCAGGUGAACAGCAACUAGAUGUAGAUCAUAACAUCUACAAGCGAAGGAUUGACAAGACAGGAACUCCCAUCAGUGAACCAGAGAAAGAGGAACUGGGAAAGAAAGAAGAUCAAGAAAAGAAAGAAGAAGAGGAUUCUGAACAAGAGGACGAAAAGAAGAAAAUGGAAGUACUAGAUCCAAACCGGUGUGAGAGUUGCUACGGUGCAGAAACCCCUGGGUUAAAAUGUUGUAAUGACUGUGAAGGAGUGCAGGAGGCGUACCGUAGGAAGGGCUGGGCUUUCAGUGAUCCCACCAGUAUAGAGCAGUGUAAGAGAGAAGGCUUCUCAGAGAAGAUGCAAUCACAGAAGGAGGAAGGAUGUGAACUAUACGGGUAUCUAGAGGUCAACAAGGUUGCAGGAAAUUUCCAUUUUGCACCAGGGAAGAGCUUCCAACAGCAUCAUGUUCAUGUUCAUGACUUACAGGCCAUCGCUGGUGCAAAGUUUAACAUGACCCAUCACGUUAAAACAUUGUCUUUCGGCAUGGAGUAUCCUGGCAUGGAAAAUCCUCUAGACAAUAUGAAGACAAUUGAUGUUAAAGGUUCAUCUAUGUUUCAGUACUUUGUCAAAAUUGUUCCUACAACAUAUACCAAGUUAGACAAAUCUAUAACCAGGACAAAUCAGUAUUCUGUUACCAAACAUGAGAAGCAGGUCACAACCUCAUUUUCAACAGGAGAGCACGGCUUACCUGGCGUCUUUGUACUGUACGAGCUCUCUCCACUUAUGGUCAAAUUUACAGAAAAACAUAGAUCAUUUAUGCAUUUCCUGACUGGAGUUUGUGCAAUCAUUGGGGGAGUUUUUACAGUUGCAGGACUGAUUGAUUCGUUGAUCUACCAUUCGGCAAAAGCAAUACAGAAGAAGAUUGACCUUGGGAAAGCCUUAUAACACAUCAUCUCUUCUGUAGGCCUAUGUGUUUUAGCAUCAUUAUUUUAUUCAAGAUAAUAAAAUUUACCAUUUGAAGGAAAUAGUACUGGAUAGGGAAUCUCAUUGUGGCCUUUUAACUAUGUCACUAAGUAUACAAGCAGAAGACAUCUUGAAUGAACAUGUAGACCUCACAUAAUAGGUGAGGGCCCACAUCACACUCCCAUGAUUCUCACUUGAUGAGAAUGUGUAUGAAUUAUCUAGAGUGAAUGGGGUCGGGUCUAAACUGUAGACGGAGCCACUUAGAUCAAAUUUAUCAAAGUGUGACUGGGGCUUUAGUUAAAGAUCAACAAUUUUCAUGGAAUCAAGCUCUAGAGAAAAUAAGACUUUCUUAUGCUAGACAUGAUCAGUUUAUCAGUUGAUCAGUUGAAAUAAAUUUUUAAAAAGAUAUUUCUGAUAAUUAAUCUAGAAAAUUAAGUAAAGAUAUCAUCCUGAUGAUAUGUUUUUAGAAAGGUAUAAUGAGUUGUGAUAACUUAAACUUCCAUUUCUUUAAGCACAAUUAAUGGUAUUUAAUUAGAGAUGAAGUAUUACUAGGAUAAAAAGUAUUUGAUACUAUUUUUACAGCACUUUCUAUACCACUACAAUUCCUUUUUUAUUUUAAAUACAAAAUCACAUUCAUAACCUUAGAAAAUUGUGUUUUCAAGAAUGAUGAUUGUCAUGAAAAAUGCAGGAUGUACAUGUACUUUAUAGAUUGAAACUAAAUUGCAAUUGUAGAAAUAAAAGACUUGGCAGCCAAGUGACAGUGCACUCACUCAUCUAAAAGGAAAACACAAGAAAGACACUAACAAGAUAUGGAAUUACAUGUAUGAUUUUUAAAUAUUUUUAUUAUUAGAGUUAUGAGAGAUAAACUACUCUACUUUUAGUAUCACUUAAUGGACAAAAUUUAAAAAUCAACUAUGACAUUUGCAAAGGAGGGGGCCAUUUGAUUAUUAUGCAUCACUGUCGUAUUGUAGAAUUACACUUCUUGUGAGUUUCCGGCGUCACUUUUAGAAUCCCUGUAAUGUUUUUCAUAUUUGUCUUGUACAUGCUCUUUAGAUUGUAGAAAAGUGGUCUAAAUGUAUGAAGCUGAAAAGUGCUGGCCCUAUGUUCUAAAACUCAUAUGUUGGAGCACAUACAUGGUCCAUACAAUACAUAGCAAUAUUGUAUCAGGACUUACGUGAAGCUUCAAAAUUAAACAGUCUUCAUCUGCAUGUAGCCUGUUUUGUAGCCAAUUUCAUCAGGACAUGUGUACAACAUAUGGGCAUUAGAAAAUAGGGUCAGAUCAAUUAUAAGUCUGUUGGAGAUUCUUAUUUGUAAAAAAGAAUAAGGACUGAAUAAUAGUGAAUUCACAUAGUCAGAAUGCAAUAUUGUUUGUUAUCCUAUAUAAGGGUAAGUUAGAGGUUGUAUAUUUUGUUGUAUCACUUUUAUAUAUUAUAUUUUCUAGUCUUAUAGUCAUUUUUCAAUGCUUUAUCUUAAUUGUUUUACAUCUUUGUUGCACAUAGCUCACAAUGCAGGUAGAUCCUAAAUUGUGAUUACUUCAUAUCAAUUUUUUGUUCUAACUAUUUACUUUAUGGUUACAUUAAGAAAGCUAUGACUGAUUAUACUUUUAGAUGACGUUUCCUUUAUCUUUUAUUGUCAUUAGUGUAAAAUUUAAACACAGUCUUGGAAAACUUUGUAUUUUUUCAGGUGAAAACUAGAAAUGUCUGUGACCGGCAGAAUAUAUGUGGCAAAUGCAGCUUAAAAGUUGAAAUCGAUCGUCGGUUUAACAUUUCAUGAAGAUGAUUAUCUCGUAAAUUUGUUUAAAAUCUGGAAUGUAAAUAAGUUCUAUUAGUUAUUUUUGCAGGUAUGUAAAGGGCUGAUACUUGGUAAAUUCCUUAUUGACCAACUUUUAAUAGACAAUCAUUUCAGAUUUUUUCCACACUCUUUGUUUUUCUUAAAUUUAAAAUUGCUCUGGGUUAUUUGACUGAUAUUGGUGCUUUAUUCCUCAUUUUCAUCUCCUUUUUUGUUGUUCUUCUUUUUUUGGAGCAUGUGUUUCUUUUAUUCUUUCAUUGUUUGUUCUUUUGUUUGUUUUUAAAUGUUUUUUCUUUUUCUAGAUUCCUUGAAAGAUAAUAAGUUUGUUUGUGAUGCCAAAAGAGAUUUGUCAUGUCUCUUAUCAAUAUUCUUCUCGUAUAGGGUCUUUCAUCAAGCAGUUGAAAAGUCAUUUUGAUCCCCUUCUAUUAUUAUGUCUGGAUUAACAUAUAUUUGAUAUGCUUCUUUUAUCGUUUUGGGAAUAACGAAUGUAUUCACUUCAACAUUUUUAAAAUCUUGUUUUAGAACAUGUAAGUUGUAAUGGUACAUAGCCUAUUUAUUUGUGGGCAGGCAGUGAUCAACAAGAGAUAUAUACAUGCAAGGUCAUGAUAUUUUCUCGUGAACAGGAUCGCGAGCGAUAACAGAAAUAAAGACGAUGAAUAUCCAUGUUUUAACUAUGUUUAUAUUAUGAGGCUAUUGCUCUUGUUCAUAUUUGGGUUUCACUUCAUUUAAGUAAAGCUAUCUCAUAAUGAUAAUAAUAAUGAUAAGAAGAAUGAUAAUACACAUGUACCGGUACAUGUAACAUUUCUAACGCAUAAUCCUAAUGUUUCCAAUUAAGCGCUAUAUUAUUAUUACCCCGGGCCCCGGCGAUAGCAGAGCUAUCCUGAUAACGCGCUCUGGCAUUCGAGGAAUUUCUUCCUACCGGGUACCCAUUAAACAUCACCUGGGUGGAGAGUGACAAAUAAAGAUUAAUGUCGUGCUAAUUAAAAGACACGAGUCCCGCGGCUGGACUCGAACCUUGAACCAUGUCGCUUUACAGUUAUCUAUAGAUCGGAUAGUUGGAGAACGAAUCAGCUCCACCUUUGUACUCUUCUCGUUUGUCCUUGACGUCGGCUUGCUCUUCGGCUCCGAACCUCUCCUCCCCAGUCUCAUCUGCACACUCUAAUCUCUAUCCCUGUAUUAUUUCUUAUUUUUGUCUUUCUCCUUCUCCUUUUCGUUUUGUUCUUCGUGUUCCUGUUAUACAUCAUACGCUGCUACUGAUACCUCUACUGCUGAUAAUACUUCUCUUGCUGCUGCUGUUACUCCUAUUGUACUCCUUCUCUCAUCAAUCUUCUUCCCCUUCCACCUCUUCUUCCUCCCCUUCAUCCUCUUCAUAGCCCCGUAUCUCACUUCUUCUUCAUUAGCAGAUCAUGCAUCUUAUUAUCUCUCUCUUUCUGCGUCCGAUGUCGUCCCAAUCUUCUUUAUGUCUCUAUCUUUUGAAAAUUCACUUUACCCCCACCCCGGCCCUGCUGACUGUUUUCUCCUGACGGAUUUUCCUCUUUUCAUUUCUCUAUUCUCACAUAAUUUCCUUUGUUACCACACAGUGCCCGCAUCCAUUGUCCCAUUCCAGACCAAACCCAUUCCAUAAUGUAAUUUAUAAUGUCAUAAAUAAUCUAUGAUGUCGAAUGCUUGUAUUUGUAAAGAUAUCAUUUCGGAAUUUUAUAGCCAGAGAUACUCGUUCUAUCUGGGUAUCAAAUUGCUCAGUUUAAAAUCUGGAUACAUGUAGGCUACUUAAAAAACUGCAUAUAAUGAUUCAUACCUGAAUUUGAAAAAUUAUGUAAUUGCAUUUUCAAGUGUAGAAGAGUAAGGCUUUAUUAGUGUAAUAUUUAUCUAUCAUGUAUUUUGUUACGUUUAUCGUCAAACUGUUCACUUGUUUACUUGAAAAGUCAAUGGCAUUGCAUAACAGAAAGUGUCACAAUUAUGUAAAGUACCUAUUUUUUCUUUUUUAAAUAAAACUGGGAAAUUAUGGA